AUGGAAUAUGAUGCGAUUGUGAACACCCUCCAAGCACAUUUUACCCCCAGGCCCAUUGUGAUUGCAGAGAGGUUCAAAUUUCACAAACGAAAUCAAGCUGAGGGGGAAGGUGUCGCACAAUACGUGGCAGUGUUAAAGAAACUGGCGGAGCACUGUGAGUUUGGCGACAAUCUAAAUGACGCACUGCGAGACCGAUUCGUGUGUGGCCUGAGUAGCGAGUCAAUACAAAGGAAACUAUUGACUGAAUCGAAGCUCACGUAUAAAAAGGCUGUGGAUAUAGCGAUGUCAAUGGAGGCUGUAUCUAGAGAAUCACAGCACUUGAGCAACUCAUUGAAGGUAAAUGCCAUGUCUCUGUCGUCAGAAUCGUCCAAAGAGAAAUGUUAUAGAUGUGGAAAGUCCAAUCAUAUCCAAAGUGAGUGCUUUUACAAAGAUCAAGUGUGUCACAAGUGUGGGAAGAAAGGCCACAUUUCACGUAUGUGUAAAGGUAAUAAGACAGAGGAGAAAACACUUAGAACUACUGUAAAAGGGAAAAGUGCAAAAUGGAAGGGACAGACCAAGAAAAGACCAAUUCACAGAGUGGAUGCUAAUAUGGAAAAGAGUGAGGAAGAGACAAAUUCGGACACGGAUACAGAACUGACACUACACAAAGUGACAGCAACACUGCACAAUUCUCCACGGGUGAACAAAAUGAAAAGUGGAACUGAUUUAGUGUCAUCGGUGAUAAAAGUACAACCAAAAAUUGAGGGAUUGCCAAUUGAUAUGGAAGUGGAUACAGGGGCGGCGGUUUCCAUUAUCUCAAGUGAACUGUACAGAGAUAAACGGAGUCAUGUUCGACUACGCCGGACGAACGUUGUUCUCAAGACAUAUACAGGUGAAGUCAUUCCGCCAGAAGGCGUCAUCAAAGUGCGUGUCAAGCUAAACAGACAAAGCGUACGCUUACCCUUGUAUGUUGUUACAGGAAACGCAGCUCCUCUGUUGGGACGAGAAUGGCUUCGCAGAAUUCGUCUAGAUUGGCGUGAGAUCAAAACUGUACGAGCAGUGCAUCAAGUUAAUGAAGGGACAUUUGACAGUCUUUUAAAAAGGUACGCCAAAGUAUUCAGAGAAGAUCUAGGGACAUUCAAUAAGUAUACAGCUACCUUAAGUCUGAAACCGGGAACCCAACCAAGAUUUUUCCAAGCUCGAGUGGUACCGUAUGCCAUCAGACCUAAGGUGGAAGAAGAAAUCGAUCGCUUACUGAAACAAGGAAUCAUUUCACCUGUGCGAUUCAGUGAAUGGGCAACCCCGAUUGUACCUGUAAUAAAAAAAGGUGGCAAUGUUAGGAUCUGUGGCGAUUUCAAAAUAACAGUGAAUCCAGCUCUGUGUGCAGAACACUAUCCAUUACCCCAAAUUGAAGAUUUGUUUGCUUCACUGGCUGGGGGACAGAGAUUUAGCAAACUAGAUCUUUCACAUGCCUACUUGCAGGUUCCUGUGCAUGAAGAUUCACGUAAAUAUCUUACCAUCACAACCCACAAGGGGAUGUUUGUAUACAACAGAUUACCGUUCGGCAUCACUUCAGCUCCAUCGAUAUUUCAACGUGUCAUGGAACAAGUGUUACAAGGACUAUCAGGUGUACAUUGUUUUUUGGAUGAUAUCCUGGUCACAGGAAAAGACAAUGCUCAUCACUUAGCUAACCUGGAGGCUGUGUUGAGUCGGCUGGAGAAAUGCGGACUUCGUGUGAAAAGAGAGAAGAGUGAGUUUUUCAAAACUUCAUUGGAGUAUUUGGGACAUGUGAUCGAUGCAUCAGGGCUUCACAAGUCCCCAGACAAACUGCGUGCCAUCGCCAAAGCACCAGCUCCUGUUAAUGUUAACCAACUUCGAUCUUUUUUGGGACUGGUUAAUUAUUAUGCAAGAUUUGUGCCAAAUAUGGCCACAGUUCUUCACUCCCUGAAUGCAAUGUUACACAAGGAUGUAAAAUGGAAGUGGUUGCCGGAGUGUGAGAAAGCGUUUCAAGAUGCUAAAACACAGCUGUUAACACCCAGUGUACUCACACAUUAAGAUCCCAGACUCCCAGUUCGUUUAGCCUGUGACGCUUCACCGUACGGGGUGGGAGCCGUACUUUCCCACAGGAUGCCGGAUGGGCAGGAAAGACCCAUAGCCUUUGCGUCCCGAACUCUGAGUAAACCUGAGCAAAACUAUGCGCAACUAGAACGUGAAGCACUAGGAAUCAUCUUUGGAGUAAGGAAGUUUCAUACUUAUCUAUAUGGACGUCACUUCACAUUAUUAACAGACCAUCGUCCACUUACCACCAUACUCCAUCCUAAUAAAGCAACUCCAUCCAUGGCUGCUGCAAGACUUCAGAGGUGGGCACUUCUGCUGGCUGCACAUAACUACACAAUUCAACAUAGAAGUGCUACUGACCAUGGGAAUGCAGAUGCAUUAUCGCGAUUGCCACUGCCUGUACAACACAGAGACAGGAAAGAUGCAGUGGACGCUUACCUCAUUAGGAAAAUGGAUGCACUUCCAGUGUGUAGCAGCGACAUCAGUAAAGGAACCAGAGCAGACCCAAUCCUCUGUCGUGUGAAGGAGAUGGUAUCCACUGGAUCAUUUCCAUCUGCAAAAGACUCAGAAAAUGUACUAAAACCAUACCUCACAAGGAAGGAGGAACUCUCUCUGAUGCAGGACUGUCUGAUGUGGGGACAACGAGUUAUCGUUCCAUCAAAUCUGAGACAACGAGUGUUGGAGGAUUUACACACAGGACAUCCAGGUGCACGUAGCUACAUCUGGUGGCCAAAUAUUGACCCACAAAUUGAGGAAAAAUCAAAGACAUGCAUGUCCUGUCAACAAAAUCAAAAAUCUCCAUGUCUCUCACCUCUACAUCCCUGGGCAUGGCCAGAAGCUCCUUGGCACCGAAUCCACAUCGACUUUGCUGGUCCAUUUGAAGGACGAAUGUUUCUGGUAGUUGUUGACGCACACUCAAAAUGGCCAGAAGUUCAUGUGAUGGAUUCGACAACUUCCUCCAAGACAAUUCAAGUGCUGCGUGGGUUAUUCAGUCGCUACGGUAUACCUGAAACACUAGUUAGCGACAAUGGCCCACAAUUUACUUCAGAGGAGUUUGGAUGUUUUCUGAAAACAAAUGGUGUUAAACACGUUCGCUCUGCACCGUUCCAUCCAGCCACCAAUGGGCUGGCUGAGCGUUUCGUUCAGACCUUUAAACAUUCACUGAAAGCAUCCAAAGAACCAGUACCAUUACAGCAGAGAUUAGACUCUUUCUUGUUACAGUACAGGAAUACACCACAUAGCACGACAAAAGAAACACCUGCUAUGUUAUUCUUGCAUCGCAGAUUGAGAACACGGCUGGAUCUACUGAAACCAAGUGUGAAACUGACUGUGGAGCAAGCACAAAAAGUUCAAUGUUCUUACCGUGCGCUCCAUGCCAAAUACAGAGACUUCAAGGUGGGUGAUUCAGUGCUGGUCAGAGAUUAUCGACGGGGAGAGGAGAAGUGGAAAACCGGUACUGUUUCUUCUCAGUCAGGACCAGUGUCGUACACGGUUCAGGUGGACGGUUCACAAAGCUGGAAAAGACAUGCAGAUCAAAUGUUAGACUGUCACCCAGAAAUUACAGAAAACACAGAACCACUGUCAUCAGAGAACAGUACAUCACAAACACUGGAUGUUAAGGGGCAAGAACUGCCUUUAACAUCCAAUGACACCGAACCAAAUGCUUUAGAUCAGCAGGUAACCAAGCUUGUUGAGCCAGCUACUGCUUCUUCCCCAAAUGUGAGAAGAUUUCCUGCUAGAACCCGUAAACCACCUAACAGACUUGACCUAUAA